UAGAAGGGGAAAAAGUGGAAGAAGUGACAGAUUUGAUUUUCUUGGGCUCCAAAAUCAAUGCAGACAGUGACUGCAGACAUGAAAUUAAAAGAUGCUUGCUCCUUAGAGGCAACUCUUGUGGAUGCAGCUACAACGAGGCUGUGGAGUACUGAGUUAUACAUCAUGCCCUGGGCUGCCCAGACUAGUGAAUAAUACAGUCAAGAUGGCUAAAGGUGAUCCUGAGAAACCAAAGGGCAAGAUGUCUGCUUAUGCCUUUUUUGUGCAGAUGUGCAGAAAGGAACAUAAGAAAACCCCCGAGGUCCCUGUCAAUUUUGCUGAAUUUUCCAAGAAAUGCUCUGAGAGAUGGAAGACCAUGUCUGGGAAAGAGAAGUCUACAUUUGAUGAAAUGGCAAAGGCAGAUAAAGUGCACUAUAAUCAGGAAAUGAAGGAUUAUGGAUCAGCUAAGGGAGGCAAGAAGAAGGACCCUAAUGCCCCCAAGAGACCACCGUCUGGAUUUUUCCUAUUCUGCUCUGAAUUCUGCUCCAAAAUCAAGUCUACAAACCCUGGCAUCUCUAUUGGAGAUGUGGCAAAGAAGCUGGGUGAGAUGUGGAAUAACUUAAGUGACAGUAAGAAGCAGCUAUACAUCAACAAGGCUGCAAAGCUAAAGAAGUAUGAGAAGGAUGUUGCAGACUAUUAAGGGGAGUUUGAUGGUACCAAGGGUCCUGCUAAAGUUGUCCGGAAAAAGGUGGAAGAGGAAGAGGAUGAGGAGGAAGAGGAGGAAGAGGAUGAAUUAAAAAAAACUGUUGAUCUGUCUGUCUCCUUGUGAAAACCUUAGAGUAGGGAGCACCAUGAUUGACACACCUCUCACCCAAGACAUGUCUGUUGCCCUCAUUAGGUUUAAUUACCCAACUGGAUCAUGAUCAUAUCGUAGUCUCUCAAAGUGCUCUAGCAAUUAGCAGUGGUUUACAUGAAGUGGCCAUGGGUGUAUGGAGCACCUGGAAACUGUAUCAAAGUUAUACAUAUUUCCAAACAUUUUUAAAAUGAAAAGGCUCUCAUCUUCUCCUCACUCUGUGCACUUUGUUGUUGGUGUGACAAGGCAUUUAAAAAUAUUUCUGGCAUUUUUUUUUUUAAUUUGGAAGGUGGUGUGUUAACUCUAUGGUCAUUGGCUAGAAAUCCCGAGUUCUCAACUGAUUACAUAUCUAUAGUUUGUAAAAAAAAACAAAAAACAAAAAACAAAAAAAAAAACCAAAGCAACCAAGACACACUCUUGACACUCCUUGCUUGGUGUGGAGGCUGUGGGGGUGAUGCCUUCUGGAGGGGCCAUAGCUCAGGGUGUGCACUGUGGGGCAUCCAUUUAGCUUCAGGUUGUCAUGUUUUUGUAUAUAGUGACAUAGCAUCCCACUGCCAUUCUUAGCUGUGGAAA